AUGAGGACAAGUUUUGUUUAUUCAGGAACAUUUUGCUACGUCCGUGAUCUACCCAGGUGGAAUCUACUUUCUCAGUUAAAAUACCCGUGCCACACGCCUCCUGGCUGCCACAAUGCUGGUCUGCUGGACAGUUUGCCCCCGCCCUACGCCACCUCCUUAGCCCCGUUCUUCGAUCCUCGCUUGCCCCAACCCCCAACACCUCAGCACGCAACGAACCAGCCCCCCCCCCGCCCCCCAACACCUCAGCAGCGCUCCCACACUCACACAGCACACCCAUUCAUCCCCGCUUUCCUUCCGCCUUCCCUCUAUUCCCCAACCCUCCAACCUUCCUCAAGUAACCCCCCCCCCCCCCUUCGCGAUGGGUCUGUUUCGCAAAAAGCCCUCUCGCCAAGCCGUCAUCGAGCCGCUGCCGGACUGGGACGACACGCGGUGGCGCUCGCACCUGCGCGCGAACGCGCUCGGCACGGAGCACCACUGCGGCAUCUACGUCCAGAUGAUCAACGACGACCGGAAGGAGGCCGCGCGCCUGUACCGGAACGACGACCCCCCGCGCGCGCGCAACUACGCCGAGUCGGCCAUCCGCAACAACCGCAUCGUCACCGCCCUGGCCGCGCUCAACCCGCUCUCCAACGCCCUGUACGAGCGCUCCGAGCCGCUCGCGGGCUACACCUCGCUCGUCCAGAUCCCGGAGCCCGCCCGCUCCGGCAUCGUCACCCUCGUCUUCGCCGCCGCCCGCCUCCACAUGAAGUACCUCUCAGACACCGUCGACUUCCUCGCCGAGCAGUUCGGCUCCGUCCACGUCGAGCAGAUCCAGAACGCAGAGGGCGACCUGUACCCGCUCGUCAACGCCACCGUGCGCGACGCCUUGUCCCCGGCCCCCGCCACGCGCCCGGAGGUCGACAAGGAGCUUGCUUCCGCGGUCAAGCAGUAUUUCGGCAUCGAUAUCGCACCCGCGCACGCUCCGCCCGCCGCCAAUCUGCACUCUCGUGCUCGCACCACCCCCAUCGCGGAGACCGCGGAAGCUAUGGCUUCUGUUUCGGGGCGCGCACGCACUUCGCCGCUUGGAACAGCGCCCGCAGCCGCCGUUGCAGCCGCUGCUGGCUUGGGUACCGCUGCGGCAGUCGGCAUGAGGCCUGCUGCGGCCACAGCAGAUUCCACCAUCCGCGGAACACCGCCACGCUCGUCCCGCCCUGUCGCAGAGUCACAGCCUGUCACAGAUAUGCGUCAUGCGCAGACGACUCCUGUAUCUACGGCUUCGUCGGAUUUCGGCACGCCCAUGUCGCCGCAGCUCAGUACAGAACGGGGGCGUAUUCCAAAGGUAACUGCCCCAACUGCCGUUCCGACAGCCAUUUCACAGGAAACUCAAGCACCGAGGAGCAGGAUGUAUGCAUCACCCACGACGCCGGUGGCAUACACGCAGAAGACGGCCGAUACUUACCCGUUAGCCGCUUCCGACCACAUGUGACUCCGGUGCGAAUGAUUUCGAAAACGAAGUGAUUGAUGCCUACGGCGCAGCGCAGAAGGGCUUAUUGACUUCGAAGAACGCGCCAAUUCUGAAAAGAGUGCCAUCAAACGAGAACUCCGGCCCAGGCCUCGGAACCAGGAGCAUCAACGAGCUCAGAAGUAUACCGGCGCAUGUCAGAAGAUUUGAGGACGGAGACGAGGCUCUUGUUUCACGGUACGAGCGACUGCGGGAAAAUCUAGUUGUAUAGCGCAAACAGUGUUGUGCCCGUUGUUAUUUGUCGUUCUUCGAGGUUGAGAGCUGAGUAGUAGGACAACGGGUGCAUUUUUAAGAUCCUGGGCUUCACACUCAUUGCUCUGUUGGGUGGGAGAGUGCCAAAACUUGGAAGCCAACUCUAUUUUUCGUCAACGUGCGUUUGCUUUCUAUACAGACCCUUUCUAUUCGAGGAUAUUGGUUAAACUGUUCGGCGUCUCCGCCAGUUCCUUU